UUCUUCUUCCUCCUCCUUUUGUUUGGAGGCAGCGGCAUCAUACUGAAUGAGAGCGGCUGCCUGUGUAGCAUGAAAUAGUGGUUCUCUCUCUGCAACUUUGGCCAUGGGAGGUUCGCGGAACCAAGUGAACAAGGCUCACAAGACGCGCUUCUCGUCCAAGUCGUCUCGGAAUCUGCAUAAGACUUCAGAUAAGGGCAGGAUCGGAAAAUCAAACCAGAAUGUUGCCAAGGGAGCUCGCGCGGCUCGAAUUCAGAGAAAUAAGAUGGUAAUGGAGCAGAAGCGUGCAGCUCUUUUGAAAGAGAAGAGAGCUUCAAGUGGAUCGCAUAGUCCUCCACGUGUCAUUGUUCUGUUUGGGCUCUCGGCUGAUGUGAAGCUAAAUUCGCUUUCCGAGGAUAUUCUUUCCUUGCUGUCUCCACAAGGUUAUGGAGGUGCUUUGCCGACAGUGGCGUCUUCGGAGUACAGGCUGAGAGCAACGGUACUGCAAGCACCUCAUGGGGAUUUGCAAUCAUGUCUGGAAAUGGCUAAGGUCGCUGAUCUCAUUGCUUUUGUGGCUUCAGCAACUUCUUCACGGGAAGGAGAGUCUGACUACAUUGACUCAUUUGGUCAUCAAUGUCUUUCUGUGUUUAGAUCUCUUGGUUUACCGAGCACUGUCGUGCUAAUACGUGAUCUUCCUACUGAGGUGAAAAGAAAACAUGAGUCAAAUAAAACAUGUACUUCUAGUCUUGCUUCUGAAUUUCCUGAAGAUUGUAAAUUUUAUCAAGCUGAUACAAAGGACGAGUUGCACAAGUUCAUGCGGCUUUUUAAGGAGCAAAGGCUCUCAGUUCCUCACUGGCGAAGUCAGCGGCCUUACCUGAUGGCUCAGAAGGUUGAAAUGGUAGUAGAUGAUAUGAAUCCAGGAACCUGUACCCUUCUCCUCACUGGAUACGUGCGAGCUCGCAGUCUUUCUGUAAAUCAACUGGUUCAUGUUUCUGGUGCCGGGGAUUUCCAGUUGUGCAAAAUGGAAAUUCUGAAGGAUCCUUGUCCUUUAAAUGUAAGAAAAGAGCAGGAUGUCAUGGAUGCAGAUGAAGUGAAUGAUACAGUGGUUCUUUCUGUGGUUCCUGAUCCGCUGAAGCAGGAGGCUUUACUUGUUGAGAAUGUUCCUGAUUGCCUUGAAAAUGAACAGACAUGGCCAACGGAGGCAGAAAUAGCGGAUGCUGAAAAACAACAAAAACAAAAAAAGAAGAGGAAAAGGAUUCUUCCUCGAGGCACUUCAGAAUACCAGGCUGCUUGGAUUAUCAAUGAUACAGAUGAUGAGGAGUCUGGUACUGAUGACGAAGUUGAUGAUAUGGUAAUGGACGAAACAGAGAGUGGUCAUCCUGGCGAAGAGGGUAAUCAUUCAGAUCUCAGUGAUGAUCAAGCUUCUUUAGACUUGAGGGACUCUGACGGAGAAACUGAUGCUGAUUCAGUGAUGAUGGAUGGCGAAAAUUUGACCAAGGAACAGUUGGCGGAUGAGAUCAAAAAAAUUAAGCAAGCCCAUGCUGAUGAUGAGGAAUUUCCAGAUGAAGUGGAUACACCAUUAGACUUCCCAGCUAGAAAACGUUUUGCAAAGUAUAGAGGUCUCAAGUCCUUUAGGACCUCUUCAUGGGAUCCCAAAGAGUCUCUACCUCCAGAAUAUGCUAGAAUCUUUGCCUUUGACAAUUUCAACAGGACCCAGAAAAGCAUCCUUGCUAAAGCCCUAGCUUUGGAGCAGGAAAACAAUGAUGAGUGUGCAACAGCUGGCACAUAUGCAAGGUUGUACAUCAAAGAAGUGCCAACUGCUGUUGCUUCUAAAUUAUGUAUGCGCGCAAAUACUUUGCCUAUCAUAGCAUGUGGCCUUUUGCAGCAUGAGUCCAAGAUGUCUGUACUCCAUUUCAGCUUAAAAAAGCAUGACACUUAUUGUGACCCCAUCAAAACCAAAGAUGAAUUAAUCUUUCAUGUUGGCUUUCGCCAAUUUGUUGCUAGGCCAAUAUUCUCUACUGAUAACAUGAAUUCAGACAAGCACAAAAUGGAGAGGUUCCUUCAUCCAGGACGCUUUUCCAUGGCGUCAAUUUAUGCUCCGAUAACUUUUCCAGCUCUCCCUAUGAUAGCUUUCAAGAGCUCUAAAGGGGAGGCCACUGCACCUACAGUUGCUGCUGUUGGUACUCUCAGAAGCAUUGAUCCUGACAGAAUUAUUCUAAAGAAGAUCAUUUUAACAGGGUAUCCUCAACGAGUUUCGAAAAAGAAGGCUGCUGUUAGGUAUAUGUUCCAUAAUCCAGAGGAUGUUAGAUGGUUCAAGCCUGUAGAAGUUUGGUCCAAAUGUGGCCGUCGAGGUCGCAUCAAGGAGCCUGUUGGUACACAUGGGGCAAUGAAAUGUAUCCUGAACGGCACCCUCCAGCAGAAUGACACCAUAUGCAUGAGCUUGUACAAGCGCGCCUACCCCAAGUGGCCAGACCACCGCUUUCCGCUUGAUGCUUGAUAAGUUGGUGUGUCGUGUGUGGACGUCGUCGACACUUCCUUACAGUGCUUCCCAAUUCUUGAUGUUUGAUGGGAAAGUGUCCGGACUGUGACAUUUCUUUCUUACAGUGAUUGGUUUCAAGCACGGAAGAAGGUCAACACUUCAUGGGAAUGAAGCUCCGGUUCAGAUUACUGAUUACAGAUUUCAAUUUUGCUGCUAGGAUUAGUGUAAACCCGUCAUUUCAAUAGAACAACAACAGUGUUAUAGUAGAGAGUAGCCAUUUUUGUUUGCCGUUUGUUACUGACUUACUGUUACAUCUAUUGAAAGCUUUGGUCUAUUAGUUUGUUCUUC